AGAAUUUGGACUAAUGGAGUGUGUAUGGGUGAGGGUGGGACCACUUAGGAGAGUUACGUAUGUGAAAGGGCAUUCAAUUAUAGACGGGUGGGUAGUUGGCAUCAUUUAUUUGACUUUUAGUCAAAUCCAUCACUUAUUUUGUGGCCUCUUCGUGCAUUAGCCACCAACAGUUGACCUCAGGUCAAAAAGUAACACAAAUAACUUAAACCUUCACAAUUUUAUUUAUUUAUUAUUUUUAUAUUUUUGAAAGAAACUUAUUUUUGUAGUUUUGUAAGUGAAUAUAAACAAAUCUCAACUUUAGGACAAAUUAUUAAAUAAAAAAAGGACUAUCGGGGUAGGGGGGAGACUAGUAAACAAAUGGCUAAACAAUAAAUCUUAUCGUAAAUUGAAAUCCAUUCAAAAAAUAUCCAAUCAAAGUAGAAAUUGCAUGAUGAGAACCAAUCAGCACAUUAGAAGUGCUUGUUCCUAUCUUCAUUGAACUGUGAAUCAAAGAAUGAAGGUCCUACAAAAGACGUCGACAGCAAGAAAUAUUGGCCACAGAUUAUUUGUCAAUUUCACUAUCGAAUCAUCAAAUGUUAUAAUUAUAAAUGCAUUAAGCUCAUUCGAAUUAUUCUAACAUUAACAAAUCAAAAAUGAAACAAAACCUCUCGUGAAAUAUGCUUAAAUCAUACCUUAAAUUACUAGUAAUUUUUGUUCAAUUUGUUAUGUCCAUGGCUGCCCUAGCCGAUUAUUAUCCAAAUUGCACAUAUAGUCCAAGUUUCGAACCAAAUAGUUCUUACCAAACUAAGCUUAACGACCUAUUAACCAACUUGAUUUCCCAUUCUUCGGCAAAUGGAUACUAUAACUCUUCCGUUGGCCAAGGGGACGAUCAAAUCUACGGCGCUUACCUAUGUCGUGGUGACGCUUCGACUACUGAAUGUAGGGAUUGUGUAGAAGAAGCACAUAACUACAUUCUCUUAAAUUGUUCCUCUAAAUAUCGGGCUGUUAUAUGGUUCGAGUAUUGUAUGCUCCUUUAUUCAAACGUGUUGUUUUUUCAAAAGUUGGAAUACGAUCCUAGGUGGAUUAUAGGGAACCCUCGAAGCAUAAGUCCUAAUGAGACUCAGAGAUUUUGUCGAGGUACUGACUACUACUGCCGAGAAAUUAGUACCGAAAGUUGCAAAUAGUACUGCAAAGUUUGGGACUAAUGUAGGCAGCAGUACAGGCACCUUGCCGCGGUUGUAUAUACUGGGGCAGUGCACACCCGACUUGAACGAUGUCGAUUGUGCAACGUGCUUGAGGAUGGCUAAUCGCCAGUUUCUACACCAGUACGGUGGAAGAGUUAUGCUGCCUAGUUGUAUUGUUAGGUUUGAGUUCAACCAGUACGACCAACCCUUUUACAAGAGUGACACCGCUGUAAUGUCAUUCAUACCGGCUUAUAUUGUUCCCAAUACCAACUCAAAGGGACAUAGAAAAUUUUCAGACAAGAUUAUUGCCGCCAUUGUUGCUCCAGUAACUGUUAUAUCAUUGGUAGUACUUGCUUUAGGUAUUUGUUUUAUUAGAAAGAGUUCCAAGAAAUACGGUAGUCUACCUCCACAAAUUGAAAAUGAAGAUUUCACAACUGCUGAUUCCCUACAGUAUGAUCUGAGUUCACUUCAAUGUGCAACAGCGAAUUUUACCGAUGAGAAUAAGUUAGGUGAAGGUGGAUUCGGUGGUGUAUAUAAGGGUACUUUGUCAAAUGGACAAGAAAUAGCAGUGAAAAGGUUAUCAAGAGGUUCAGGGCAAGGCGUACAAGAAUUUAAGAACGAGGUUUUGUUGGUGGCCAAGCUUCAACAUAGAAAUUUAGUAAGGUUACUCGGAUUUUGCAUAGCAGGAGACGAAAAACUGCUUGUUUACGAAUAUGUACCCAACAAAAGCCUUGACUACUUCCUUUUUGAUCCUGAUAAACAAGCAUUAUUGGAUUGGGAAAGACGCUAUAAAAUCAUACAAGGGGUUGCUCGAGGAAUGCUAUAUCUCCAUCGUGAUUCUCGGCUUAGAAUCAUACAUCGUGAUCUUAAAGCAAGCAAUGUGUUAUUAGACGUGGAUAUGGUUCCUAAAAUUUCAGACUUUGGCAUGGCUAGGAUUUUCGGGGUAGACCAAACCCAAGGAAACACAAGUAGAGUUGUUGGAACUUAUGGCUACAUGUCUCCGGAGUAUGCAAUGCAUGGACAAUUUUCCGUUAAAUCAGAUGUAUACAGCUUUGGUGUACUAGUAUUGGAGAUUCUAAGUGGCAAGAGGAAUACUAGUUUCUACCAAUCAGGGGAGGCGCAGCACCUUUUAGGCUAUGCAUGGAAGCAGUGGAAUGAUGGGGCACCCUUGGAGUUUGUGGAUCCAAAUAUAAGGGAUUCGUGCUCGGUAAAUGAAGUCAUAAGAUGCAUACACCUUGGCCUGCUAUGUGUUCAAGAGUCUGUAGACGAUAGGCCUACAAUGGCAACAAUAGUCCUCAUGUUAGAUAGUUACUCUGUCACUCUACCGGUACCACAAAACCCAGGUUUCUUUAUCAAAGAUAGGACAGGAUCAAACUUUGGCAACCCGGUUUGGUCGGAUCAGUCGACUAGCAAGUCUAUGCCUUGGUCUGUGAAUGACGUCUCUAUCUCUGAAAUGGAACCAAGAUAGGGGCGUGGAUGGAUCAAGGAAUUGAUUUUCCUUAGUUUGUAUUACUGUAUUGCACAAGGUAUUUAUACACCCUAACAGAAGAGAGUAGGCCUUAUACAUUAGCCCAUUAGCUAAAUACAAUAUUAAAUACAGUAUUAGGGUUUAACAAGUUGUAGUACAGUAGUUAUCUCCAUGAACGUCAUGUUAGCGAUUAAUCAUUAAUAGGUAGCCUCAAUUAAGCAUUCGCAGUAUACUAUUGUUUCCUGUUAAAUCAUGCAUGGUUAUUAUAUAUAGUGAAAAUGUGAAAUAUUGAAAGUUUAAUUUGCAAUAUCUUAAAGAUUGAUAUAUUGUAA